GCAAUGAGAACUCGCAAGAGAGAUUUGGUCCGUGGCGCCUGCCAGAACGCUGGGAGAACGCAGAAAAGCUCCUGAAUCUUGACAAGGUCGCUCAGCCUCUUGUUCGUUACGUGACGACCCUUGGAAGGGACAGAACGGGCUGGUGCACUGCACGAGGAUCGGACACGAAGCCUUCUGGGAGAAGAUCACAUGAACAAGCUUUGCUUGGCAUCGGAGGGCUGUAAGGAUCUCUAGAUAGAGUUAUCUGCGAGGUCUUCCGAUAUUCAACAGAUGACUGAACAGCUUUUUGAGCUCGGGUUGAGCAUUUGGAGCUCCGACUUUUGAAGGUCUGCCGCAGCCGUCGAUCUUCUCAGAGCUGGGGCGUUCGUUUUUCCAUCUAUGCAAUUUGGAAGGACGGGCAAAGUGUAUCAAGAGCUUGUGUGGAUAGCUGCCACUUACCUAAGGGCAGCCAACCAGUAGCGGAUUCUUGCAAAAGUGUAAGAGCGUGAUCUUCCGCUGUUGGAGCAAAGCUCGACUUCCGCCUUCGGCCUGCAAAUCUGGCGCCCUCUAGCGGACGCCCGGGGUUUGGCAGUGUGAUCAAUUCUGGCCCGUUCCAAUGGGUUGCGCACGCCCCCCCGCCAAGCAACAGAAGAGGGCCCCUCAGAUUGAUACUCCCGGUCCAAACCUGGUCCCCAUAUCCCCCCCCCAAUGGCAACUGAAGUCCUGGCUCCAUAUCAGGCGGAGAAGGCCCCGCUCGCAGGGGGCUCGCACGGGUUGCAGGGAAGUUCCUCAACAGCUGGUGGCCAGAUGGCUAGCUACAGGGCCUCAGAGUCUAGCAGGCCCCCCUCUGCAGAGACUUUGAGCUUCUUUUCCACCAGCAAGGGCCAGGCUUUUGAACGGGGAAGCCCGAUCCGGCGCCCCCUCAGAGACUCGGAGGAAGACCCCCUCCGCGCGCUGCUGCAUAACCAGGGCCCUAACCAAUUUGUCAGGAGCCCUAACCGCUAUGUCGGGAGCCCUGACUGCCGGCCACGGUUUCAGCCCUCACCCAGCAUCGACGAACUGAAAGACACAACUUUUCCGUGGCAGAAUGCGAACCUCAGCGCCAGCUUCAAAGGAGUGAAGAAACAGGCUGCUGACAUCAGCCGGCGGUCCCCCGUGCACCGGGCGGCCGCGGAACCAAGGUCUUAUAAUAACCGCGCGCACCCCUAUACGCUGUCCCCCUCACGCCGAAGCCCCGCACGCAUCAGUGUAAAUAGCCACGUCGCUGCGCCUGUAAAGACCGCCGCUAGCAAACCGCAGUCGCAGAGCCGCGGGGUAGCGAACCCCCUGGAUCUGGAAAACAGCCUGUUUGCACUCUGGGCCCACCACCCCAAUCCCUUCUCAUUCUUCUCACAAUCUACAACCCCCAAAAGCGCUGCACCCCCCCAAGCAGGGGACGGCCAGAAACAGGCAAGGAACUUGGUUAUUCCAGGGGGCAGCCAGCAGGCUACCCCCAGACCAGGCAACUACCCCCCUGCAAAAGGAUGGUCCCCAGGGUCCGAGUCGGAGUACACGCAAAGCCCUCAAGCGGAGCGGCCUGUAUCCUCAGAUACUCUCACAGAGACUCGGGACGCUUCGGAGGAGUCAGACGGCGCCUUUGCAUGGUAUUAUCCUACUUCGGGGGGGUGGCUUGGGCAGGGCAAGUCUCCCGGCGGCGCCGGGAAGGCUUCCCCGCAGUCAAAGGAAGCACCCCCCGCCGACACACUUCGGACGACUGGAAAAGCGAGUGGGGCACUGCGAGUUCCAGGGGGGGAGCCACCAAACGAAGUUGCAAACCGCCUGCAGAACGAGUUGUCGCUUGACAAGUGGCAGGUUGAGCAAGGUGACAGGUGGCAGGCCAGGAAAGGCUACUCGCCUGGAAAGUCGGAGGAAGGAAGGAGGCAGAAACAGAGAGCAGAGCAACCCGGGUCAUCAGCGCCGGGGGAUGAGAGCCUCCUGGGGGCGAAGGAGCGAAGUGAAGGGCGGCAGGGCUGGGCUGGAGCCGACGGGCGUGAGCGAAGGAAGUCGGAGUCUGCCAAUCUAAGCUCCAUCUCCAGAAGGCACUCCCUCGACGCCAACACUGGGCCCCCAGCCCGCAACACCAAAUCCGGCCCGCUCCCCAAAGCGGGAUCGAUCGCCAGCCUGUUCGGAGAGGACGACGACGAAGACGACGAGGAAGUCCCGUUUACUUUCUCCGGCUUCUUCUUCGGCGAGCCCCGGAACCCACGCCAAAACCCCCGCAGAAAACCCCCCUCCCCGCCGCCCCCGCCGCCGCCCCCCCUGGGAAAGGGAUUUGGGAGCUGGCGGCCACUGCCAUCUGGGGGGCUGGGAAAGCCUAAGCAGAGCACCCCCUCGGAAGAGCCGCCCCCUCGAGUCAUCCCCCCGAUUAGAAAAAGCACUUCAGGGUCGGCUCUGGACAAUGAUUCGAGCGAUGGGCAGUGGGAGGAAGACCGGCGCAGUAAGUGGCGGGAGCGGAGACUCGGCCGGCGUGCUUCGCAGUCGCCGAGUCUGUCGCGGCGGGGUUCUGGAGAUAACCUUGCUGGUCAGCCAAACCCGAACCCUAACCCGGCCCUCGAGCCCUCGGGGCUGGUUCGCCAGGCGUCGCUCAGUUCUGGGGGGGGCUCUCCACGCAAGGCAAAACGAUCCCCCCGAGGGGAGAAGGGGGGAGCCAAGUCGCACCGGCGGCGCCCCUCGGGGUCAGGCUUACGGGCCAGCCUGGACGGUGCCAGUUUGAAUAAUCCCAACUCAGCAGAGUUCCAAACGCAGCCCAGGUCUGAGGAAGAGUUGUCUGCCCACGUGGCGAGGCAUUUCACAUCACCAAGCCGGAGCCAGGAGGUACCCCCCCAAAACAAAAAGCCGGGAAAACGAGCGAGCCGCGCUUCCUACCGGACCGAUCCUUCAUACCGGUCGGAUUGGCAGGACCAGUCAGACGGGGGUGCGGAGCGGUCCCGCCUGCUCGGGGGGGGCACAAAUAGGUUUAGCGAGGGGGCAGUGCCGCCCCCCCCGAAGUACGAGUUGCUGGAAUCCUUUCCCCCCGUUGCGCCGCGGGCCAAGGAAGCAUCCCGAGAAGGGGGGGUGAUCCAGAGGCAGACGAGUUACCCCCCCGGAGUGUACCCGUACUCGCUGUCCCCCUCGCCCGCGGCCACUCCCCGUAGAAACGACUACAUCCGAUCCACGUCAGACCACUUUGACCUCUCGAAUGCAACCCCGAACGCCACCCCCCACCAAGGUUACAUUUCGUAUUUCGAGGACGGCCGGCGGCCGCCUCCGCACCCAGACACCAGCGAUGAGUUCCCCCGGGGAAGAUCGCAAAAGUUUACGGGGGAGGAGUUUCCUCGGGGCGGCCGGCCUGUGGGUCCCCAGUACAGCGAAGACUACCCCCGCAAAGCGGGGCCUACGCUUUCCCGCGACGCAAGCGAGGAGUUUCCCCGGGGGGCAAUUCCGGAGGACGGGCACUCCCGGGCUAGCUCGCAAGACUUUGCGACGGACUCGUCGGGGUUUGGGAGGUUCAGUCUGAGACGGAGCCGGUCGGCAAAGAAGAUCGGGCGGCUGCCCGGUACGAAGUCCUUCGGAUCGCGCGUGACGGCUUCCCCGGCACAAUCGCGGCAGUCGUCCCGGGCAUCUUCGCCCACAAAUCUCAAACGGGGGGCCUCCGCAAAGUCGCCCCCGGACCCCCUCUCCGUCGUCCCUUUCCGGAAACCAGAGAGCCCCGAGAGCUUCCUCGACUCGAUUGGCUCAGGCUGGCGCGGUUUCAGCGCGGUGCGGUGGGUUAGGUCCCUGGUUAGCCAGAAACGGAGGCGGUACACGCAAAACGGGUUUGACCUUGACCUGACGUACAUAACCGAGCGGGUUAUUGCGAUGGGGUUCCCAGCGGAGGGCGCGGACUCGUACAUUCGGAACCCGAUGAAGCAGGUGCAGCGAUUGCUGGAGAGCAAGCACGCGGGGCACUACAAGGUGUAUAACCUGUGCUCAGAGCGCAUGUACCCCCCCGAAAAGUUCGACAACCGCGUCGAGAUCUGCGCCUUCGACGACCACCAGGUCCCCCCCCUGACGCUCAUGAAGCGCUUCUGCGAGGACGUGCACACGUGGCUAUCGGGGGAUCCCCGGAACAUCGCUGUCGUGCACUGCAAGGCGGGCAAGGGGCGCACCGGGCUCAUGGUGUCUGCUUACCUCGUCUACACUGGCCUGUCUGCGGAGGAAGCGCUCGCGUUCUAUGGGGAGCGCCGCACCGUCAACGGGAAGGGCGUCACGAUCUCCAGCCAGCGGCGCUACGUCUUCUACUUCCAGCACCUGCUGGGCCAAGGCAUUCCGCCGGUGAUCAAGACCCCCCCCCACGUGACGCGGUCCCUGCGACGGGUGCGCCUGUAUGACAAGUCGGGAGCCGACAAAGUGGACGUUGUUAUCGACCAACUCGAGGGGACGAGCACGGAGGAGUACUGGCCGCCGGUUCAGAAGCACAGGGGCGUGUGCGUCGUGGCCAAGGCGGGGUCGCAGCACCCGUUCAGCUCGAACGAGUUCAGUCUUGCGGAGGAGGCGCGCAUGAAGGAGCACUACUUUCAGAUGGAGACGGAACGGGAUCACGCGGUGUACAAGCGGCCACCGCUCGAUCACUACUGCGACGCGCCCGUCUUGUUGACUGGAGACGUGCGCGUGACCUUCAGCGAGGGGGGGAGCCGCCUCUUCUACCUGUGGUUCAACACCGCGUUCGUCACGAGCGGCCUUCUUCAGUUUGGCAAAGACGAGCUCGACAAGAAGCGGGGCAAGGGCUACGGGGACCACUUUGCCGUCGAGUUUGUAUUCGGACCGGUAGAACUGGGGUUGACGAGAUUUGGCGGCAAGAGCGGGUCCCCUUCGCCCGCGCCCUCCGACAUCGGACGUUCGCGGCUCCGUUGGGGCAACGAGUCUCCGGCAACGCAAGACCUGUUCCCGUGAACGUUUCGUUGGUCGUUUUCAAUAUGGAGAAGUAUUCAACGAGCUGGGUAGAUCUAUUUGCUGCCCACUUAUCUGAGGUUCACAUGACAGGUACGGGAAAUAAGGUGGUAUCAUGCGCGAGAAGAUUGUGUCGCAACUCGGAAUCAACCAGCGCUUUUGCGUGUAGAAUGGUUCCCACGCAUGCUGUCCGAGGGAGGUCCCCUGUUAUAAAUAUCUCACGAUCCGAAGUGAGCUUUGCAACCAGAAAUCGUAGACUCGAAGAGGGACCCAGCGGGCGAGUCUAUUGAUGCACGGCUCCACAGUUAGCGAGAAACAAUAAAAUCGUCAAAAGCGAUUCACGUGAUUAUUUACUAUGGUGGCUUGCAUUUGACUUCCUGUUGUUGUUAAAUCACAGGCCUAGAACUUGAGAAAUGUGAACCAAUUGAGCAGAGGUGGGCUAAUCAUAAGAGGCUUGUUACCGGUCGACAAGCACUAGGUUCAACCAGUAGCUUUCAGUUCGGGGCAAACGGUUUCACACGUUGGAAGCUGCGCGCGGCACUGCACAACGAUGCUUCCUGAUUACUGUGGUCAAGUGACUUCCGAAGUUCGAGGGUGCAUGCUCUGUGUUCGAU